GGGGGGGGUCAAAGGUUGAGCGGAAGUGCCUCCUGGGCGGCUGUGUGUGUGGCGGUUGGAAUGAAAAAUGGCGAAGCAUCAUCCAGAUCUGAUCUUCUGCAGGAAGCAGGCCGGUCUAUUGGACGAUUGUGUGAGAAAUGCGAUGGCAAAUGUGUGAUCUGCGACUCCUAUGUCAGGCCGUGCACGCUGGUCCGUAUCUGUGACGAGUGUAACUACGGGUCCUAUCAGGGCCGAUGUGUGAUUUGUGGCGGUCCAGGUGUAUCUGAUGCCUAUUACUGCAAGGAGUGCACAAUCCAGGAAAAAGAUAGAGAUGGAUGUCCGAAAAUUGUCAAUCUUGGCAGCUCAAAAACUGACCUGUUCUACGAGAGGAAGAAGUACGGCUUUAAGAAGAGGUGAUCCGGUGGAAUCGCUCAUCUUCCAAAUGAAUGUGGGGGACACUGGGUAGUCUUGUGUGGAAUGGUUGACAUUGCUGUUUCACAAUAUGAAGAAUGUUAUUUGAUGGCAAGAAUCUAACAGUGUGUGGACGAGGGAAUUGAAUCUACACUAGUUUUUGUUUUUGUUUAGUAACUGGAAUACUUUGUCUCUCCCAGCAAAGUGAGUUUGGAAUUGAAGUAACCGAUUUCUGGCAAAGGAACUAACGCCUGAGCUUGCUUUAGCAACAACACCAUUGGUUUCUUUCUGAGCAUGGACAGUUCUGCUCACCAAUUCAUUUCUUUUUAUAUACUGCUUGUAAAACUAUCCAGCGCUCGCUGGUUGAGAGUUUAGCAAAUAGGGAUUUAAUUGUUAAGCGAGUCGGUUAAUGGUCGUAACUUCACUUAUGCUGUCACUGCAAAAUCCUGUGCAUAUUGCAUUUAAGCCUUGGAAGUGGUUGCUUCUUUCUGAGCUCCUCCUCGUAACAGUUGAUUAACUCUGGCAGAAGAUUGGGUGUUUAAUUUUUCUACCUUGAGUUUCAUAUUUGUUUAAUCUUGAGGCCCAUUUGUGGAUCACCAAAGCAGUUUCUGAGAGUUGUGUUUUCUACAAGGGUCACUCAACACAAUUCUUGAUAUUAAACAAACCUAUUCAACAGAUACUUUCUUUGAUAACAAGCUGUUCUCAUCAACAAGUAGAGUGACUUGUUUAUUAACGGAAAUAUUUGCUGUUUGCCCCUCGUGUCCCAGGUAACCACAAUGCAGUGAAGGACCAAGCAGGCAAAAUCUGAGGUUGCUCUCCAGUCUCAUUGAGGUAACUGGCUUCUGCUGAGGUGCCAGGACUCCCUGGGACUAGAGAAAAACAGCAGCUAAUAUUCCUGUUCUGAUCACUAUGCCUGCUUUGACCUCCUGUCUGUGUCUGUGGUUGGGGAAGAAUCAAACAAACACGUGAUUUAUUUCACGAAGUCACAACAGUCAAGUAGCAAGACUAGGUGUCUAGGAAUCCUUCUAAAUAAUUGUUACUUAAAUGUAAUACUAUUAUUGGUGAAUUAGUGCAAAUGGAAUAUUCUACCAGAUACAAUUGAUACAAAACUGCUGGGGAUGUUCUAAUUACAAUGAGGUGCUUUUAAAAAUGAGUUGGAGUGUAAGAGGGAUGAACUUUGUGCUUUUUUUUUGUGUUUAGUCCUUAUCUCUUGCAUGGCAUGAAUCAACACUUUUUUUUUGUUUUGAUAGAGGAAUGCAUAAUUGCAAACCUUGAUCUGCUGAUUUCCCAAUAAUGCUGCAAAGCACUGCCCCUGAAGGAAGUGGAAGCAGUUGCCAUCUUUUCAACCUUUUUGAAGGAAUGAAUCAAAUUUCCAGUUUGGGAACCAAUCCUGGGAAAACCAAAUUGCAGAAGUGACCUAGUACGGGGGGGGGCUGUCCCUGGAAGCAAAUAGCUUUGUGAAACAGCCUGCCUGAUAAUUAUGCUGUUGUGGUUUUGCAGGUGAGACUUUUUAAAAUGUUUUUUGCCCCCCCCCACUACCGCCUAACUGCAGUAGUGUGUAUUUUUCCCCAGCACCCAUGUUGACUGUCCUUAUUUUACGUGUUUGAAAGACUUGAUAGAGGUACAACUUACUAAUUAGAUUUUUGUUUGACAUGCCAGUUGGAGUUCAACGUGGCAUUUUUUUUUAAAAUCCAGCAACCUUUUCCUAAUCGCUUUAUCCAUCAUAAUAAGUGACGUGCUAAGAUAUUGUUGCACCGUGCCUGUCAUCUUGGUUGGGAAACUGGAAGAGGGAAAGUUUCUAUUUGCGUCAGAUAUCCUGUGUUAAAGCAUGGUCUUCCAGAUGCAGGUAAUGGCAAUCAAAUUUAGCCACGUGCAGUUAAGAUGGGGCCAUUAUUGAGGCCUUUUGUGAGAAUGAGUUGUUUUUAAGUUAGCCAAGUUGAUGGGAAUAUCCUGAUGAGGCCUAUGUGGCAUUUACGUCUUGAAAUCACGACAAAUUUAUUAGCAGCUAAUAGCUUUUUACUCUCCACGUUUGUACCUCUUUGUUGCUGUUUUUGGUGCAAGGAUAUUAAGUGAUUAAAACCAUUGAUUUAGUUAAUGGAAGAGUCAAAAUGGAAACUUUUUUUAUUUUUUCCAAAGGGUUUCUUUAGAAUUUAGUUGUAUUGACCAUUUCUAAAGACUUUCGAGGAUUUGAGUGAUUUGUUGCUAUUUUUACGCUACCACUCACCACUUAACCCCUUAAAUAGAUAUGAGUUCCAGUAUUCCACUUUCCAAGAACAAGUUUUGGUUGAUGGGCAGGACAGGAACUAAAUUCUACGUGAGCCCUGAAAGAUUUUGAGCCAAGAGAUUAGUACUAAAUGAAAUGCCUCCACUUUCACUUGAAGAUUAUGUUUGAAUGCGUUAAUUAUUGAGCCUUUUUUUAAUAAACCGUUUUUUUUCUA